GAUAUUGGAUAUUGGGCGUCUUAAGCGUUGCGCUACUUUGGUUUUCUUUUCGUAAAUCCGUGGCUUUCAAUACCCUUAGUUAAUAAGGAAUUUCAUGGUUUUUUGUUCAUCAAAGAAUGCGUAAAUUUUACUCAACGUCAUAGUUGGUGAUCCAAAAUUGACAUUUUGUUUUUAGGAGUUGUUCUCUUCUGGACAGGUCCUUUGGAAUCUGUUAAAGACUCUACUACUCUUCUCGUAAAAUAAGAACCAUUCAUUCGUGUUUACUUUACUCAUGAUAUGGCAUGAAUUUUUAACCCUGGGCAUCAAAUAUCUUCGAUUACACAAGCUGCCAGCGAUAUUGCUUAAACAACCGAAAGUAUUCUUGCUUCCAAAACAUUCUACACAGUAUCUUCGUGUCAGUUCAAAUUUCGGACGUUUAUCCAAAUAUAUUGGCAAUUAUUCACAAGCUAACUCAUUGGUUAAAACAAUAUAUAAAUCGAUUAUUAGUGGUAGUACUCAGCAACGAUCAAAUUCAUUAUUAAGAAUAUAUAGAGGUUUCGCUGGAUCUGUUCAGUUAAGGCAUUACGCAACUAGCAGACCUGAUUAUUCUUUUCAUCCUAUCAACAAAAUUUAUAAACCGAAACAUGAAUCUUGGUUUUCGAAUAUCUUCGCCACAAACAAGUAUCAAGUAUUACCUAAUUUGUGUACGAAUUCGGCGGACUCAAUAAACCCGAAAGAGUUUAUAGCAGCAGGAUGUAACAGUGCUGUAUGGGCAGCUGAAGUUCGUCAACAAUAUCCAAAUGAUCAUGAAUCAAUUGAUAAAUUUGCUGUAAAAGUACUGUAUAACUAUUACACGAAGUCAUCUUAUGAUAGACAAUCUAAUUUAAACAAUGAUUAUAAUUCAUUUCAAAAUAUUCCUGAAAGUUGGGUAUUACUACAUCGUCAAAUUCAAAGAGAAUGUGAGCUUCGUCCUCAAACUAAUCAUCCUAACAUUGUACCAUUAGUUGGAUAUUUUAUUGAUCGUGCGCCUCAAAUUCAUUCAAUAAAUGAUGCAUGUGUUCAUACUGAUAAUUAUAAUGAACUUCACAAUACUCUAUCUUCUAGUAAAGUUUCACAGGUUAGUGUUCAUAAGCCUGUUCAAUCAAAAUGUUGGCCAAGUAUAGAAAACUUUUCAGAAGGUUUUGACAAUCGACCGUAUACAUUCUACAUGUUAAUGCCAAGAUUUGAAGGAACUUUAGACGAUCUCUUACAAGGAAAUUUACAAUUUAACUAUGAACAAUUACCAACUGAAAUCAAUGACGAAAAGAUUAUUGAAUUUAGUCAAAAUUCACACAGUAAUGCUAAUCUUUUGCAUAUUAAUCAACAUGAAAAGAAUUUUUUUAUUUCUAAUACUACUACUACUAAUAACAAUAAUAAUAAUACUAAUACUAAUUCAAAUGAUUUUUCCUCGUCAAAUUUAUUCAAUUCAGUAUAUAUUAAACAUGGUAAAAUGUAUUUAUCUAUAGAUGACAUUGUAACUAUACUUGUUCAAUUAUUUGAAGCAAUCGCUGAACUUGAACACAAUAAUAUUGCUCAUAGAGAUAUUAAACCAAAUAAUAUACUUAUACGUCAACGUAUUCCAUAUUAUAAAAUUCAUCGAAUUUCUAAUAUGAAUAACACUAUACGAUCUCAUUUAAAUUGGUUAAAUGACAAAAAAUUACAAAUGACUAAUUCACAUUUUCAUGUUGCAUUAACUGAUUUCGGAUGUGCUAUUCGAACUGGACAUCGAAAUCAUCAUGCUAACGAUAAUAAUAAUCAUGAAUAUCCUAAUCAUAGUGGAAAUUUAGCACUUUUAGCUCCAGAAAUAGCACAAAUUAUUCAUUCAUCCAUAGAUGAUGAUUCAAAUAAUCCACAUUCUAUGAUCACUAAUAAAGAUUAUGCACAUUCUGAUUUAUGGGCAGCUGCUACAUUAAUUUACCCAUUAUUUGGAAUACCGAAUCCAUUUGUUGAUGGAACACUUUCUUCAGUAAAUUAUACUGAGGAUUCUUUGCCUGAACUUCCUAACGAAGCACCAAAAAUAAUGACAUGGAUUUUACAUAAAUGUCUUAAACGUAAUCCAUCCGAAAGGCCUAGCGCUGAUGAGAUUGCAGAUAUUUUGCAUACCUGGUGUCUUAUUCGACAUUUUCACAAUAGACAAGAAGAUGAUGUUUUUAAAGAUAUUUUUCAAUGUCCAAUCAAUCUUUUGACUAUAAAUAUUAGUUCUUCGGCUGCAGAAUUUAAAAACUCAACAAAAUCCCAUAAAAUAUUAAACAAUGAACUCAUCAGCCGUUUAUGUGAUCUCUUGAGUAUAUGUUGGGCAGGUGAUUGGUUAUCCGGUGCUGCUCGUCCUCCAAACGGUAUCCGGUCAUUGUUUUAUUCACGAGCUACUCCUGGGCGUUUGGCGCUUUGCUUAAGUGUUGUACAACAAUUGGAGUGUUUCAAUGUUUAACACUUGUUGAAUUCCUCUCGUACAUAAUGAAAUUGGUAGCUUAAUCUCUCCAAAGUAACUUCAGAAACGCGAAUUACUUAUUUUUUUGAUGCUUAUUUACUCAUUGUUUUUCUCAUUGUUCCUGAUGCUAUUGUCUUUCAUCUGCGCUUCUCUUGUUCACUGAAUGUUCAUAUAGUGUUAUUCUGUUUUUCCCAUAAAAGUAUAUUGAAUAAAUGUUCAUUGUUCGUCUUGCAUUUGCCGUUAUACAUCUCUUCCUUAAAGUAGUUUCCGUCUUCGUUUUUUUCGAAAACUACUUACCAAGUUCUUUUAUUAUAGCAUUUUAUUUCUAAGAUUUUCGCUAUGAAGCAACAUGAUAAAAUUGAUGUUAAUGACUAAUUGUCAGUCGAAAUAACUCAGUCAAG